AUGAAUUUAUCCAAAGACCAACUUCACAUUCUCGCAUCAGAUCCAUCAGACACAAUUUCACCUACAGUGGUUGCAACCACCAUUUUACUCGUGGUAAUUGCUCUGAUGGGAAUUAUCGGAAAUGGGUUGGUAUUGUGGGCCUUCCGGUGUCAGGUGUCCCAAUGUGUUGUUUCCAGUCUGCUGAUAUUGUUGUUAGCCUGUUUGGAUAUGAUCAUCUGCUCGAUCGGUAUUCCGGCCACAUUGUAUUUGGAUGUCUGGCACGGAGAAGCCACGGAAUUUCUCUGCCGUGCACAUCUGGCAUUCAAAGGUUUUAUUGUGCCCGUAUCCGCAAGCCUCUUAGUCCUGAUCGCCCUGGAGCGGUUCCUGCUCAUUUGUUUCAUACCCAGCAUAGGACUGAAACGAGCACACCUGAUCGCCGCGUUCACCAUUAUCCUUCUGAUUGGAGUGAUUUUGGCCGUACCCAUGAGUUUACAUGUUCAUGCGGUAAAAGUGGUCAAAUCGCAUGAUGUGCUAUUUCAACCUGUUCCGUUUGAGGACGAAAAGACUGUUCCUGGUGCACUGCACUUGCCCGAAGAUGUUCACGUUCCAGUUCGUUGUAAUAAAGAUGAUACGUUUAUCAGUGACACCGCCUAUUGGUAUUAUCAGAUUGUUGUCAUCAGUCUAUUUUCUGCACUAUUUUUGGCAACCGCAUUGUUGUACGCUGUUGUGUUCCUAUUCGUCUGGAGACAUGAGUCGCUUAUGUUCGAACGAUACGGGAAAUCGAAGUAUCGUGGAUAUUUUAUACGUAUUCAUGAGUCCAUCCGAAGACCUCAGAAAAAGAAUGGGAAAUGCAAAUGCAGUGAAACAAGUCGUGAUCGUCAAACUAUGGGUAAUGUUGAAACCGGUCCGGGAGAUAAAAUAUUGGAUGCUAGACAGCCUUCCACGUUGAGCGGUGCCAGAAUCGACGGGUGUGGGGGUGAUUUUGGCGCCAACGCGUUUGAAGCUUCUGGAAGUUUUGGUUGCGCAUGCCAUUGCAGCACUCGAGAUGAUCCAACGCAAACAUCGAGUUCUGAGCAUCACUUUGAUGUCCAUUCCAAAGAAGUGGUACAGAAGGAUGUCACAAAUAUCCCUGAAGAAGAAGAUAAUGCAACAUCCGUACCGCAUCAACAUUCAAGUGCUAUUCCACGUUCCGGGCAUCUGCAGGCAACUUUGAAGAGAAAACAUCUAUGUUCUUGCUUUACUAAGGCGGGUACGCAAUUGAGAGGUAACCAGAAUGACUCGUUAUCGGUUUAUAACCCAAUGGUAGCUGAACCAGUAACGGAGCAGACUCAAAGUCAACGACAGCUUUUACCAAUGACAGUGGAGUGUCAGCAACGAACCGUAAAAGCUGCAAAAAGCAUGGAACGUCGUCGUAAACCGCAUGUAUACACGGCAAAAAAUUUCGCGAUGAUUGCUGCUGCUUUCAUUAUCUCUUACACUCCGUACUUGGUGUACACGGCAAUGCCAGUGAGUAAAAGAAGUCUUAUGCCAAACGCGGAAACCAGUCUCUGGUCCAGCAUAGGACAAGUAUUAUUCUACUUGUAUUUUGCCAAUUCGGCGGCAAAUCCAAUAAUCUAUUCCUGCAUGAACAGGCAUUUCCGUAGCUUCCUAUCCAAGCAAUUUUGCCGAAAGAAACAUGGGGUUCGUUCCCAGAAAGAGCGCAAUUCCAAAGCACCCGUGGUUUCAUAUGAUUCUAGAGUACCUAAAAAUGAAGGUCCUAAUGACAAGUUGGAGAAUUCUACUGUCGAGGCAAGUUAA